CUUCAUCCCCUACUGCUCCAGUGAUGUUUGGAGUGGGGCUUCACCCAAGUCUGAGAAGAACGAGUAUGCCUUCAUGGGCGCCCUCAUCAUCCAGGAGGUGGUGCGGGAGCUUCUGGGCAGAGGGCUGAGCGGGGCCAAGGUGCUGCUGCUGGCCGGGAGCAGUGCGGGGGGCACCGGGGUGCUGCUGAAUGUGGACCGUGUGGCUGAGCAGCUGGAGGAGCUGGGCUACCCCGCCAUCCAGGUGCGAGGCCUGGCUGACUCCGGCUGGUUCCUGGACAACAAGCAGUAUCGCCAUACAGACUGCGUUGACACCAUCACGUGUGCGCCCACAGAGGCCAUCCGCCGUGGCAUCAGGUACUGGAACGGGGUGGUCCCGGAGCGCUGCCGACGCCAGUUCCAGGAGGGCGAGGAGUGGAACUGCUUCUUUGGCUAUAAGAUCUACCCGACUCUGCGCUGCCCCGUGUUCGUGGUGCAGUGGCUGUUUGACGAGGCACAGCUGGCGGUGGAUAACGUGCACCUGACGGGGCAGCCAGUGCAGGAGAGCCAACGACUGUACAUCCAGAACCUCGGCCGCGAGCUGCGCCACACGCUCAAGGACGUGCCGGCCAGCUUUGCCCCUGCCUGCCUCUCCCAUGAGAUCAUCAUCCGGAGCCACUGGACCGAUGUCCAGGUGAAGGGGACAUCGCUGCCCCGAGCACUGCACUGCUGGGACAGGAGCCUCCAUGACAGCCACAAGACCAGCAAGAGCCCCCUCAAGGGCUGCCCCGUCCACCUGGUGGACAGCUGCCCCUGGCCCCACUGCAACCCCUCAUGCCCCACCGUCCGAGACCAGUUCACGGGGCAAGAGAUGAAUGUGGCCCAGUUCCUCAUGCACAUGGGCUUCGACGUGCAGACGGUGUCCCAGCAGCAGGGACUGGAGCCCAGCAAGCUGCUGGGCCUGCUGAGCGACGGAAGCUAGGCGGACCGUUUGGAGGAGACGCCAGCACUGAGGGGCCCAGCCACCGCUGCCCCAGUGCCACCUCACCCCCCACCAGCAGGCCCUCCCAUCUCUUCAGGACAGGGCCCCAGCCGUCCCUCUGCCUGGGUCUGCCCACCACCCUCCCUGCCUCAGCUUUCCCUGCCCCUCUCCCACAGCCCAGCCAGAGAAAAAGGACCUGCUGUCAUCCCCAGCUGUGACCUGGGGGCCCUUCCCGAUGACGAGUGGGGAGCCAGAAGAGAAGCACUGGAUUCCUCAGCCCACCAGCUCAGACAGCCCCCACCUGGCCCCGCCUAUCAAGCCCUUUUAUAUUAUUUUAUAAAGUAACUUUUUUAUUACUUUAAUUUUUAAAAAAAGGAAAAUAAGAAAUAUAUGAUGAAUGAUAUUGUUUUGUAACUUUUUAAAAAUGAUUUUUAAAAAAGACAAAAAAGAACCUCA